ACGGCCUGGCACACCCUAUAAGGUUACUUUUAUUGCGACGCUCUCCUCCACUUCCUCGACGCCCAACCCCCGCGAUCCUCAAAAAAUCUGGCCCUGGACACGUCUUCUCGGGACAGCUUCUAUAGCUGUCCCGAUCUGUCAUCACUGCAGAUAACAUCAGUGCCUGCGGAUUUUGACAGCGCGAGGACCGAUCCAUCUCCUUCGCCCUCUCCUUCCUUCGACUCUGCCCCGCACAGAAAACGAUCUAAAGCUAGAACCGUGGGUAGGAAAGCGCGUGGUGUCAUCGGUAAAGUCCGAGCAUUUCAGCGGAUCGCGGCCGCCAAGAUGGCGCAUCCGAAUAUCAAGAUCGACACCAGUGUCCAGGCAACCAAGCGCGGACUGCCCGAAAAUGACGACGCGGGGCUCGAUAUACUUGGUGCGGAUCAAGACAACCCGAAGCUGGAAGCUGGAAACACGGAAGAUGUUCCACCGUUCCUGUGUCAAUCUGUCUCGGAGAUCCAUGACAAAUUUGAGGAUUUGGAAUGGAUGCACCGCACACGUCUCGCCGAGGGUCAGCUGGCCAAUGAUCUCACGCAUCCCUUCGCCCUAGAGGUAGACCCCAAAGUUAAAGAGAGGAAUCGCUAUGAUAACGUCCAGGCGUACGCAAAUUGUCGGGUCCAUCUGCGGGUGCCCGAGGGCGAGUGUGAUUUUAUCAAUGCAUCUCCGAUCAGACUGGAAGACUCGGUGACACGGGAAAGAAGGCAUUAUAUCGCGACCCAGGGCCCCAAAGUUGGAUAUCUCGCGGAGUUUUGGCACAUGGUCUUCCAUGAAAGCCAGGAGGUCGGCGUGAUUGUGAUGCUUACCCAAACUUUUGAAGCGGGCCGGGAAAAGUGCGCUCAAUAUUUCCCAUUGGAUACGGAGCAGGCUUCAAUGGACCUAUUGACAAAUGAGUCGGACGUUCUCUUCGAUGAGAGCGAGCAGACAGAACCCGGCGUCUUGGGUAGGGUGACCUUGUUGGAAUCAACUUUCGACGCGAGAUCACGAUCUGAAAUCCGCAAACUCGAACUGGCCAUCGGUUCGGAAUCAAAGAUUGUCUGGCAUUUCCUUUUCGCUGGCUGGGCCGAUUACUCUAAACCUGAAGGCAGCGAUCGCCAAGCCCUUCUCGACUUGAUCAAGUUGUCAGCCUCUAAAACCACCCCGGAUAAUCCGCGAAUCGUGCACUGCAGUGCAGGAGUUGGUCGGACAGGAACUUUCAUUGCGCUUGACCAUUUGCUGUGCGAACUGGACUCAGGACAUUUGUUGGAUAUCGAACAUCCAGAGGUCGACCCUGUUUUCGAAACAGUCAAUCAGAUGCGCGAGCAACGGAUGAUGAUGGUCUACAACGAGAUGCAGAUGCAAUUUAUCUACGAAGUGCUCCGAGAACAAACCGAUCGGAAGCUGGGCAAGGUUACGCACUGGAAUAUGGACUCGCCUAACGGCAGUGAGGAACGAUCUGCGAAAAUCGCCAAGUUAAAUGACCAGUCAGAUUACCUGCCAACUUUCAAACCGGAGUUGGAAGCUGUCCCAGAUCGCACUCAUACGCCGACGAGAAGUCGGACCGGUACACCGGAGCUUUCUGAUCUUGAUAAUGAAUGA